UUCUGUUUGAAAAUUUCCCGGGAAAUCUGAGUUUCGCGGGAGGGCUCUUGAGCGCGUAAACCGUAUCCCUUCAUUCAUCAGGCCGUUUCCUGAAGCCAUUUCUAGACCGGGGGAACGAGAGUUGCGCUACUUUUUAAUCCGUUGCAUCUGCCUAAAUGCACUUUCUUAAGGAAAAAUACUUUACAAAAGUCGAUGAAUCAGACUGUCAUCUUUACUUCGGUCUGAUUAUUUUUGUAAUUUUUGCGGCGGAUUAGCAGCCAUACGGGCUUGAAAGUACUGAGACAAGAAAGGGGUUACCCCGAAUACGCAAGAUGAGAAGAGGGAUCUCCUCGGCUCCGGACAAAGUGCUUUUAGCGGGGGUUGGGGGCUCUUCUCUCGACAAUAAUAUAAUUUUAACAACUCUCACGGAUCGUUUAAACCCUGGUCAAUCCAACGCUACGUAUAUCCAAAUAAUAACCACCCCACCGCCUUGCAACGUUACACAGACAUCAAGUGUGUGUUUAUCAGAACCGCAGAUUAACAACAUUUACACAACUCCACAACAAGCUGCAGCAAACGGAGCAGGACAACGACCCGCACUGGGGAGACCGCCGGCAAAAAGGCGGUUGGCCCUCGAUGACUCAGACCACCAGUACCAGUCAGAACCAGCCAGGACUCCAAGAGGCAGAGGAGGGUCUCUGGUGGCCAAUGGGGCACGGAUAAAGACACCUAGAACACCCAAGUCUCCACCAGAGAAGACUCGGUAUGACACCUCCCUGGGCCUGUUGACAAAGAAGUUUGUGGACCUCCUUGCCCAGUCUUCUGAUGGCGUCUUGGACCUCAACCUCGCCGCUGAAACCUUACAGGUACAGAAAAGGCGGCUGUAUGAUAUCACCAAUGUGCUAGAAGGCAUUCACCUCAUCAAGAAGAAGUCAAAGAACAACAUUCAGUGGAUGGGAUGUAGUCUAUUGGAGGUAGAGGGGGCACUGAGCCAGAGACAGAGACUAACAGCAGAAGUUUCUGCACUGGGAGAAGAAGAGCAGAAGCUUGAACAACUGAUCCAAAGAUGCAGCCUGGAUAUGAGACACAUGAGCGAGUUGCAAAGCAACCAGAAAUAUGCCUAUGUAACAUACCAAGACAUCAAACAGCUGGGAAACCUCAGAGACCAGACUGUUAUUGUUGUCAAAGCGCCCACAGACACCAAACUAGAAGUACCAGACCCUGAUGAGAGUUUGUCCAUCCAUCUGACCAGCACUAAGGGUCCCAUAGAAGUCCUCCUGUGCCCAGAUGAGGAGAAUGACCCUAGAAGUCCUGUAAAAAAUGGCAGCAUGGACAUCAAUGGGAACUCACCUUUCCUCAAAGUCCUUCAAGGUCCCACCUGCACAACCACUUCUUCCAUCCCCUCCCUGGCUCCACCUUCUUCCUCAGCAGUCUCCGUCACUACUCUCUCCCCCAUCUCGUCCCCUUACACUAGUCUUCUCCAGCAGACAGAAGACCAGAUCCCUUUAUCCCUGGGGCCUUUCUUAAACCUCGGGCCUCCUCUUCUGGACCAAGAUGACUACCUUUUAGGUUUGGGAGAUGACCAGGGAAUCAGCGACUUGUUUGACGCCUGUGACUUUGAUAAAAUGCCCUCUCUUGGCCUGGAUGAUCUCUUGUGCAGCUAGCAUUAGGUAAUACAAAUUUAGUUUACGUGGAUGGGAGAGAGAUGGAGUAUCUGUGAAGGUUUUGAUGCCUGUGACUAACUGUGUACUUAGUGGAAGCCAAUUUUAAACAGCUGGAAAGGAAUCAUUUGGGACUUUUUUUCAGUCCCACUGGGACUAAAUGUCAUGUUCUUUCAUGGUGUGAGAGAUAAAUGGCCUUGCAUGAUUUCACACAAAGACAUGACCGUUCUGUGGGAAAAUAUAUCCAUUACUCUUUAUCUCAGGCUAUGUAAAGCCUCCAGUGUAGCUGGUUGUUGUUGCAUCUUAAGGCCUUUGCUCUCUGUUUGGUAGUGGAAAGGGGAAGGAUAUCCACCCCUCUGUAUGACGCAAGGUUCCCAUCACAUCACUGUACAGAGAGACCAACAAAGACUGGACAAAGAACGGCUCGAAGGAAAACACACCCACACUAUCUGACAUUAACACACAUUGUGGUUGAUUGGUUUGGGUUUAGCAUUACACCCAAGUGUGCAAGAUGGACAGAUAGGAUCAAUCAAAAUCAUCAGAAUGCUCAAGAGUAGGGAAGAGGAAAACUGUUUACUGUUUAAAUCUUGAAGGAUAAUGCAAAUAUGAGGAUUUGACAGGCCUGUAAAUCUGCAAUUUGGCAAGCAAAGGAGUGGUUUGAUCGGUGGUUUCCCAGUGACGCAUUUUCUUGAUGUUAUUGCCAAGUGCUGCGGGGGCUAUUGAUGGCUUUCUAUUUCACCAAUGAUCUGUGUUUGAAGGUUCAUAGAGCUAAUUGUUAAGUAGGUAUUUUAAGAAUUAAAAUGAAUAUUAAAUGAAAACAUUUUGAUACACAGCAUUCAUGAUUACUGUUGCUAUCCUAUGGUUAGAUUACGCAGGCUGAGGUUUUGGUCACCCUUCUUGUCUCUGCCUGCUCAGACAUUUGUCACGUUUCCUGGUGUGCUAUUUGGGCUUAUAACCAUACGGUUACCAAGAGUGUGAGUAUUUUGUACAUUUAAGCACUAUUUAGAUGUAUUAAGAGCUGCAAGGAAGUUAAUAUACUGUUUUGGAGUGCCCAUGACAAUUAUCAAGUUUUAAAGGAGACUUUAAAACAGCAAAGGAAAUAAGAAUGUACUCUAAAUGCUCUAAAAUGAGACAGAUAUAAGUUUUGUUAGGUGUGCAAAAUACUUGCAGCAUGCCUUAUUGCUAGUAAUUAGUUAAAUCCCCUUGCACACAAUGUUUUUCUUGUGCUAUGCCCUCCAUAUUUAAAAUGGAUUUAGUAGGUACAUUUAAUAAGGGACUUUUAUCUGAUCAGCCUGUUACCUACUCAAGUGGGCAAUCUCAUAUUUUGUACAUGAAAACAAAAAUGUUCAACAUGGGAACACAUUGUGAUGUUUAACAUAACAUGAAAAAGCCAUCAAACCUGGGUUAUGUGGGGUUAAGCAAAAACACCUGAUAUGCAAACUUGAAUAUCAUCUCUAACUCAUAUUCGUAUUGACACUUUGUGAAAUCAAGACCCAGAUUCCCUCUUUCUUGCUGCUCUUUGCCUGUCCCCUCCAUCUUCAUCAGCAGAAGCUGCCAAAACCAAACUUAACUUUAAUGCCUCCUCAUUUAGCUUUGUUGCUGUCAAAUUAUGUGGUUGCGAGCUAAUCCGUCAAAUUUGAACCACUUAUUGAUGCACACUACCUACUCGGUGUGUACUGAAGCUGUGUAGGAGACAGGAUAGGCGCGUGUUCGUCUUUUUAGGUUUAAUCAGUGUAGAAUUUUAACAGAUUUUAAUACUGUAGAAAUAACUAAUAUCACGGUCACCUAAGCAACGAGGGGCCAGAAAGCCAUUAAUUUAGGCUUCAGCAUGUAUUGAAGGCUUUCCCUCCUCCAUAAUCAGGAUA